UUUACGCUGCAUCCCGGAAGAAAGGUCGCAUGUGUCGACCAACCUUUAAUGUUGUGUAGAGGAGGCUCACAGCCCCUGUUAGGUAACAAACAGUCCCAAAGCGGUUUAGAAAUGCCUAAGGACCGCUAACGAAGACCGUCUAGGCUUUAAAUACCACCUGCCUCUGAUAUUUUAAUGAGCAGCUGCCGUAUUUAGUAUGAACAGCUUCCAUGUGGGGCUCUGCAGGCUGCUGGUCGUGACAGGCAGAGCUCUAUCUGCUGCUGGGACGGUCCCAGGCUGUGAUUCGUCUUUCCGUCGGACUUUUCUACAUUUCCCCCGGCAAAUGGCGACAUUUGGGGAUCCGUUCCCUGCGAAGAAGCCGCAGAAGGAGCCGCUGCGCCGGGUGAAGACCAAGGAGAAGCGCAACAAGCGGGGGGACGUUCACGGACCGGCCACCGUGUACGUGCAGGUGGUCGGUGCGGGAAGCAGGGACAGCGCCGCGUCGCUUUACGUCUUCUCAGAGUUCAACAGGUACCUCUUCAACUGCGGAGAAGGAACUCAGAGACUCAUGCAGGAACACAAGCUGAAGGCUGCUCGGCUGGACAACAUCUUCCUGACGCGACUGAGCUGGGAGAACGUGGGAGGUUUAUCAGGGAUGAUAUUAACCUUAAAGGACACGGGCGUCCCCGAGUGCGUGCUUUCUGGACCGCCACAGCUUAAGAACUAUCUGCAUGCCAUCAAGUCCUUCUCUGGUUCCCUGGAGGACAUCAAGCUGUCCGUGCGCCCGUACACUGAACAGAUGCACACAGAUGAAACCAUGACUGUGUAUCAAGUGCCGAUAUUUGCCAAGUCCAGGAAUGACAGAGGAAGAAAUUCGCCCAAGUCUGGUAGAAGCAACCCUUCUCGUGGUUCUCCAACGAGAGACGGCUUUCGCCGUGAUGACAGAGAAUAUGAAUCAGGUGAAAGACGCGCGGCGGCCAGGGAUCCAUCACUGGUGAUCGCCUUUGUGUGCAAGCUUCAUCCCAAGAAGGGAAACUUCUUGGUCUCUCAAGCCAAAGAGCUGGGACUGCCCGUAGGAACGGCGGCGAUUGGUCCUCUCAUCUUAGCUUUGAAAAAUGGAAAAACCAUCGUGCACGAUGGAAAAGAGAUCCGACCUGAGCAGGUUUGUACUCCCACUGACCCAGGACCGGUCUUCAUCGUGGUCGAGUGUCCCUCUGAGGAGUUUGUGGAAGCCGUUUGCACCAAUCAGCAGCUACGAAGGUACCAGACCGAAGGGACGGAGGAUUCUGCUGUGCUGGUGGUCCACAUGACUCCAGAGUCUGUUCUGGACACGGAUCAGUACAAAGAAUGGAUGGAGAGGUUUCCGUCCACGACAGAACACCUGAUCCUCAAUGAACACGUCUGCACAGUCCAUAACGUUCGGAGUCAGAAGAUUCAGACUCAGCUCAACAUGAUUCAUCCGGAGGUCUUUCCAGAACUUAAGACCUACAAAGUGAAGCAACCACAGGCGGCUUUGCACGUCCCCAACGUGCGAGCCGAGUGUCUGCUGAAGUUCCAGCUCCGGCCCGUCAUGGAGUGGCAAAGAGACGCCGUUCCCUCCUGCAGCGGCGAGGAGUUUGUGAAAGAAGCUUCCGAGGUUCCCAACUUCCUGGAAGAGGUGGAAAAGUGCAGGAAGACUUGUUCAGCGGAGGCGUCAGAACUUUCUGGCGAUGCGUUCCCACAGGUGGUCUUUUUGGGAACGGGGUCGGCUCUUCCGAUGAAGAUCAGGAACGUCAGCGGCACGUUGGUGAACAUCAGUCCCAGUGAGUCGCUGCUGUUGGACUGUGGAGAGGGAACCUUCGGUCAGCUCUGCCGGCACUACGGAGACGAUGUGGACGACGCUUUGACCAAGAUCUCCACUGUCUUCAUCUCCCACCUGCAUGCAGACCAUCACACAGGGCUGAUAAAGCUGCUGUACCAGAGGAGACGGUCGCUGGAAAGUUUAGGAAAGCCCUUCAGCCCCAUCUACCUGGUGGCUCCGGCUCAGAUCAUGACGUGGCUCGGACAGUAUCAUGACUACUGUGAGGAGAUCCUCAGUCAUUUCAAUCACAUUCCCAACAGGUUUCUGUGUGACGACGCUGAGCCAACCAAAGCCAAGACGCACUCAUUCAUCCAGGCCAUGCUGAAAAAGAACAACCUGGAGAAGUUCCAGACAUGCGUCGUGCGCCACUGUAAGAAUGCCUUCGCCUGCAGCUUUGUGCACCAGUCGGGCUGGAAGCUGGCCUUUUCUGGAGACACCAUGCCCUGCGACGCAUUCGUAAAUAUCGGAAAGAAAUCAACUUUAUUGAUCCAUGAAGCCACGCUGGAGGAUGAGAUGGAACAGGAGGCUGUUGAGAAAAGACACAGCACCACGUCGCAGGCCAUCGGCGUCGGCAUGAAGAUGAACGCCGACUUCAUCAUGUUGAACCACUUCAGCCAACGCUACGCCAAGAUCCCACUCUUCAGCGAAGACUUCAAUGACAAAGUGGGAAUAUCCUUCGACCACAUGAAAAUCUGCUUCAGAGACUUUAAAAUCCUCCCUAAACUCAUUCCUGCACUUAAGACCCUGUUUGCUGAGGAGCUGGAGGAGAUGGAGGAGAGACGGGAGAGGAGGGAGCUGAGGAAUCCAAGAGGAAGCUCCAACGAGGCGGUCAGCGAGCAGAAGACGGUCGAACGAGGAGCAAAGCGAGAGCAGGAGGAGGCGGCGAUGCACAGCGAGGACACAAAGAGGCUGAAGACCAGCUGAAUCAGCCAGAAAACAGGACUUUGCAUGAAUGCAUACUGAAUUAUUUUAUUUAUGAGAAGCUGAGAUUUUUAUUUGACUGAAGAAAAUCUGUUUUCUCGCAACGCCUCCAAAAAUGCUCUGAAUAAAGUUUGGUUUUCAUUAAAGAUAAUAAAGCAGCUGUGAACCAAA